CAGCUGCGCAACGUCGGAGGAUUAAACGUGUUUUUCAUCAGGAGAAACAUCCAGAAAACACGCAGCGGCGGGAAACCCGGCUGCAUGGCACCACAGUCGUGCGUAAUGAAUCCUGCGCAGGGAUCCCCCCCGCCUGAGGACAGAGGCUCCGCCGGAGAGCUGUGCGUCGUGUCACCUGUCAGAUGCAAAAGCACAAGUUCGGAUCUUCCUUUCAGUGUGGAGUCUCUCAUGUCGGACAGAGCCCCUCCCGGAAGGAGCCCCCGCUCCUCUGAACCCGGCUCAGGAUGCGUCCGGACGGAGGAGUGCGCGUCACCGAGGGGGUCCAAGCUGGAGGCGGUGGAUGAGACCGAAGCCUGGCUUCAGGGUCCAUCACCUACAAGACUCCCCAGCCCGACCCAGUGCAACCUGAGGAAACACAAGAACAACAGGAAGCCCCGGACCCCCUUCACCACCUCCCAGCUGCUCUCCCUGGAGAGGAGGUUCCGUCAGAAACAGUACCUCUCCAUCGCGGAGAGAGCAGAGUUCUCCAGCUCCCUGAACCUCACAGAGACCCAGGUCAAGAUCUGGUUCCAGAACCGCCGGGCCAAGGCCAAGAGACUGCAGGAGGCCGAGCUGGAGAAGGUGAAGCUGGCCGCCAAGCCGCUGCUCCCUGCCUUUGCCUUCCCCUUCCCGCUGAGCGCACCCAUGGGCGCACCGGCUCUUUACGGGGCCCUGAACGCACCAGGGCCGGUCUUAUCCGUGCCAGGACUUUUCAGUAGACCUUAUGGGAUGUACUACUUGUCUUAAAGAACUCUUUAUAAGCUGCGUGGAAGGAAGAGCAGCAUAAACAUUUGUGGGAAAAUAUUUUCUUUCGACUAUUUUUAAUUCAGCUUUGUAUCAUAAAAUAUAUAUAUUUUUGGAAUAGUAAAAAAAAAAAAAAAAAAAGCAA